AUGUCUUUGUACGCUCAAGAAUUUGUUGAUUUUGUCAACGCUUCUCCAACUCCUUAUCAUGUGGUCAACACUGUGAAGUCCAAGCUUGAUGCUGAUGGAUUUGUCCAGCUCUCUGAGAGAGACAACUGGGCCGGAAAGGUGAAGAAGAACUCUAAGUAUUAUGUUACCAGAAACAGUUCCUCCAUUAUUGCGUUCACCGUGGGUGGAGAAUAUACGCCAGGUAAUGGGAUUGCCAUUGUGGGUGGUCACACAGACUCCCCAGUGUUGCGUAUCAAGCCAAUCUCAGAUCAGAAGAGAGAAGGAUACGUCCAAGUUGGUGUGGAGACCUACGGUGGAGGAAUCUGGCACACCUGGUUCGACAGAGAUUUGAGUGUUGCCGGUCGGGUUUUCGUGAAUGAGGGUGGAAAAUUCGUCUCGAAGUUGGUCAAGCUGGAUAAACCUAUUUUGAGAAUCCCUACACUUGCCAUUCACCUUACCAAAGAUCGGUACGUCAAGUUUGAGUUCAAUAAGGAAACUCAAUUCCGUCCUAUUGCUGGGCAAACUGCAGAGGAGAGUUCUGGAUGCUGCAAGGGAGAAGAACUGACUGAAUCGGAAUUCCAGUCUGUCAAGAGCGUCGUUGAAAGACACAGCAAGAAACUGUUGGAUUUAAUCGCUCAAGAGCUUUCUGUUGAAGUUUCCCAGAUCGAGGACUUUGAGCUCAUUCUGUACGACACGCAGAAGUCGACCAUCGGUGGACUCAACGACGAGUUCAUUUUCAGUCCUCGUCUUGACAAUCAGGUGACUUGCUACACUGCCACCACUGGUCUGAUCAAAUCCACCAAGCAGCUAGCUACGCAAACAGGAAUCCAGCUGAUUUCUUUAUUCGACCACGAAGAGAUUGGUUCUCAGUCUGCACAGGGAGCAGACUCGUCGUUCCUGCCAAAUAUUCUCGAGCGUAUCACCAAACUGACUGCUAAUCCUGAGGUCGAUCUGAAGUCGGAGCUUGGCUCAUCGUACUUCCUCACCACCAUGUCUAAAUCGUUCAUUUUGUCGUCCGAUAUGGCACACGGUGUGCAUCCUAAUUACGGAGAGAACUACGAGAGCUUGAACAGACCGCAAUUGAACCAAGGUCCUGUGAUCAAGAUCAACGCCAACCAACGGUAUGUGACCAACUCUGCGGGAAUUGUGUUGCUCAAACAGAUCGGUGCACUUGCUAAGGUUCCACAACAGCUGUUUGUGGUCAGAAACGACUCGCCUUGCGGAUCAACCAUUGGUCCCAUGAUUAGUGCCAAGCUCGGUGUGAGAACGCUUGACCUGGGUAACCCGCAAUUGUCCAUGCACUCGAUCAGAGAGACCUGUGGUUCGCAUGACAUCGAGAAGCUCGUGUUGCUGUUUGAAAGCUACUUCGAGCACUUUGCCGAGUUGGAGCAAAAAAUAGUGGUCUAA